AUGAAAGGCAGCGGCUCUGCGCCUGCGCAGAACCAACACACGGCAGAAAGUAAACAACGUGCGCUGCUCGACUGCUGCGGAGGCCUCGGCAACGUCGACUACUCAAAGUUGGAUUUUGGUUUCAUAAACCUGGUUUUAAAGCAUAUUAGUUGGAGCAAUUCACCGUUCAUUUGCUCACUAAUUAGUAUUUUAAUAAAUAGUUUACUUUGGAUUUUGGUGGCGAGAUGGGAGCAUCACACCCGGGCUCUCUCCAGGCUCUUUGGUAGUCCCUACUUGGCCUGUUACAGUCUGGGCUUUGUCAUCAUUCUGCUCAAUGUCCUCCGCAGCCACAGUGUGACAGUGGCAAUGAAGAGCCAGGCCCGGUGGUUGGUGAUGGAGCGGAUGGAGGUUUUCUACAUUGGUGUAGCUCUUAUGGUGCUAGGAACUGUACUGGUGGUCAGCAGCUUCAUCGCUCUGGGAUUCACAGGGACAUUUUUAGGUGACUACUUUGGCCUUCUGAUGAAAGAGAAGGUGACAUGUUUUCCCUUCAGUAUCAUUGAAAACCCGAUGUACUGGGGCAGCACUGCCAACUACCUGGGACUUGCGCUCAUCGGUGCCAGUCCUGCUGGUCUUGUCCUGACUGUCGUAGUGUUCGUGGCGUACAAGGUGGCAAUAAGCUUCGAGGGACCAUUCACCGAACAGAUCUAUCUGCAGAGACAUCAGCACCACAAGCAUGACUGAUUGCAUCUCUCUCCGAUAGUUCCCGCUC